AUAUUUUGUGCGGGAUUUAAGCUAUGGCUAUGUGUAAGCGCGUUGUUCAAAUGAGGGACAGAUUUGGCAGUUUAUUUCACCAAGUUACGAUCGAUCAAUUCAUUUUCUAAUUCUGUUUCUAACAGAGUCGAGUACAGACAUUUAUCCCAACUCGUUAAACGUAAUGGAAAUCGUGCUUUUUUCGUAGAUACAUUGGCUUUGGUGAGGGGUAUGGAAGCUCAAGGUGUGCCAUCGAAGCAGGCAGAGGCCAUAACCGCCGCUAUCACUGAAGUGUUAAAUGAUAGCCUGGAGAAUGUGGCGCAUUCUUUUGUUUCCAAGGAAGAAAUGCAGAAGAGUGUGAUGGAACAAGCAGCAAAGUUGGCAGAGUUCCAGUCUUAUAUGAAAAGUUCACAGCUUUUAAAGUCACCCGAGGAGCGCCAGCGCAGAUUGGAAGAAAUUCCAGAGAUACAUGCAGACCCAAAUAUGGAUCCAAGUUAUGAAUCCGAAGAGGAUGAAGGUGAAACAGACGAUAAGAGACAAGAAAAUUAUGUGAGACCUGGAGGUAGUAGCUUUAACAGGAGGGGGAGAGAGCCAAUUUCUCCUGGAAGAGGAAGUUUUUCUUCAAAUGAUUCCUGGGGUGGAGCUAGGAAUUACUUGAGCACAAGUAAGGAGUUGAGCAGAAACUUGUCUAGUAAAGGUUUCUUGAGCAAAGGGGAUGAUGCUGCUGGAGUUGGUGAGACAUUAAAUGAGAACUUAUGGACUCAAGGAAGAGAAAGAGAAAGAGAAACACAGCAAUCACGAAGUUGGGAGAAGCCAAAAUCUGCAUUAAAUUAUGAAACUAAGGGUGCCCAUUCUGUGCUAUCAUCAGAAUCAGUUGCUAGCGUUAAACAGGAUAUUGCAAUAAUACCUUCCUCUGCAGGGGCAGCACAAUCUGCAAUCAAAGUUAAUGAAACAGACAAGAUAUGGCAUUACCAGGAUCCAUCCGGGAAAAUCCAAGGACCAUUUUCCAUGGUGCAGCUUCGAAAAUGGAGUAAUACUGGAUAUUUCCCUGCUGAUUUGAGAAUAUGGCGUACUACUGAGCAGCGAGAUGACUCGAUACUUCUGACUGAUGCAUUGGAUGGAAAUUUCCAGAGAGACACUCAGUUGGUGGACAACAGUUUCCUAAAAGGUCAACCACAUCUAUCAUCCUCAUAUUCCACCAACGCAGGAGGUGGUGGGAAAUCCCAACCUGAAACUAGUAAUUCUACUGGCCGAGCUGCUCCGACUCUUGUCGAGGUUCCCAAGUACUCUGUAGAUAAGUGGGGUUCUGAGACAAACCUCCCUUCCCCUACACCAGCUCAAGCUGCCUCAAGUGCAACAAAGGGUCAACCAUAUGAAAGCCAGUGGUCACCCACCCCGGCCGAACCUGCUGGUUCUCUCUCGGGGCCCAACCUACUUUCAGGUGGUAAUGGAGAGUUGCAACGGCCUGUGGUAGUUAUCCCUGAAAGCAGCCAAUUGUCACAUUCAACUCCAUCACCAGCAUCAACAAAAUUGCUAAGUUCUGCAAAUUCCUCUCUGGUACAUUCCCAAUCAACAUUGGCUGGUGAAUCACCAAGGAUACAGGCCACUUCCCAUCUGCUAAAGGCACCUGAUUCUGGUGGUGUUUCAGUCAAUGCUGUAGUUGAUAUGAAAAGUCUUCAGAACCUGGUUCAGCCUGUGGCUAAUAAUAGUUCUCUUGUUGGGACACAAGGAUGGGGCGCUGUCUCAGUUUCAAAGUCAGAAAUGAGUGCUCCACAUGCGAUGCCUGGUAGUGGUUCUCAGGUGUGGGGAAGUGCCCCGUCCCAUAAGCUAGAGCCAAAUAAUUCAAUUUCUAUGUCCACUCAGCCUAGUGGUUAUGGUAACUGGGGUGAUACACAAACUUCUGUCCAUAAUUCUGCUUCAUCCUUCAUUGCAGGAAAUACAGGCACAAUGCCAUCUGAUCUUUGGAGAGGUCCAAUACCCGCACAACCAAAUAUUCAACCUUCUGCUGCUUCCAAUGUGCCAUGGGGUAUGAGUGUUACAGAUAACCAAACUACAACUCCUAGACAAGUGCCAGAAAAUCAAAAUACUGGUUGGGGGCCAAUUCCAGGAAAUUCAAACAUGGGCUGGGGAGGACCCGUACAUGCAAAUUCAAAUCAAGGUUGGGUUGCAUCUGGUCAGGCUCCACCUGCAAAUGCAAACCCAGGUUGGGCUGCACAUGGGCAAGUACAAGCACCUGGAAAUGCAAAUCCAGGUUGGGUUGCUCCUGUUCAGGGGCAAGCGGCAGGAAAUGCAUUUCCGGCUUGGAUGCCACCUGGCCAAGGGCCAACCCCAGUAAAUGCUAAUCAAACUUGGGUUGCACCCGGCCAAGGUCAACCUCCUGGGAAUGCAAAUCCUAACUGGGCAGCAGCUUCUGUGAACAUGGGCUCGUGGGGAAGUGAACAGAACCAAAAUGGAGAGAGAUUCUCAAGCCAAAGGAAUACUUCUCAGGGUGGAGAUUCUGGUUAUGGUGGAGGUAAGCCAUGGAAUAAGCAGUCAUCAUUUGGUAGAGAAAGAGACUCUCCCAGGCCUAGAGAAAGAGACUCUUCCAGGCAUAAAGAAAGAGAAUCUUCUAGGCCUCCCUUCAAAGGGCAGAGAGUGUGCAAAUACUAUCAUGAAAAUGGGCAUUGCAAAAAAGGAGCAGCAUGUGAUUAUUUGCAUACUUGAACUUUAGGAAUUUUGAGCAGCAUGGAGCAGUUAAAUCUGUACAGUAAUUUCAUUUGCAAAAGGUUAGACAUUACAAAAUCUUCUUAUGCUUUAUACUUGUAAAAUCCUGUGCAGUUUAGCGGCUUGUGACCCAUUUUACAACCUUUGAAUCAUCUUCUUCCUUGAA